AUGAAGGUCGACCUCACUCGCGGGUAUCUCUUUCGACCGACGACCCCUGAAGGAGGCAUUCAGGAUUCUCCAUUUACGUCUUCUGCCGCAGAAGCUCGCUUGAAACUUUACUUGGGGCACAUGGGGUCUGAUGAGGGAGAGACGUUGCAUGGUUUCAGAGCUGGUUGUGCUAUUACUCUUGCGCUUACUGGUGCCGAUUUGCCGGAAAUCAUGCAGCACGUGGGUUGGGCACGCCGUCAUACAGCUCUGCAUUAUAUGCAACUUGCUAAGGUCUUGCAUCCGGAGGGUGCUUCAGCUCGUUUAGCUUCUGGCAAUGCAGGAAAUGUGGUCAAUCCAUGGCAAGAUGUAAAUCACUUACAACGAUUUGUGUCAGCGUUUCCUACGAACAUCACUAACAUUUCCUAA